UUGCAGGAUGAUUGGCUGCAGGAUGCAGGAGGAUUGGCUGCAGGAGGAUUGAGCACUGAAAGAAGCAAAAGCACCAAGCUGGAGCUGAAUGUUUGAUAGCAGCCAGCGGAGGACUGGAAACAGAAGAUGCUGCAGAAUGGAGGCUUCCUGCGGGGUUUUAGUGCGGGAUUAGCCGAAAUUUAGAGCCGAACCGAGCCGAGCCGAACCGAGCCGAGCCGAGCAGGUGGAUGAUGCGCCUGCAGUGAUCCAGGUCGCCCCUAUGGAUCGCGUCCAAUGGAUGUCUUCAAACCCGCUUCGGACACCAGUUUGAGUCCCAAGGCGUGCGUGUCCUCGUCUUCAGAAGCAGAUGUUUUCCGCUGGCCCGGUCCGGAUCAUGACGCGCCACCGGUACCGGACGCAACGGUACCGGUACCGGCACCGGGCGGCUUCUGGACCGCCGUGUUCGACUAUGAAGCGACUGCGGACGACGAGCUCAGCCUGCGGAGAGGAGACCUGGUGGAGGUGCUCUCCAAGGACUCCCUGGUGUCCGGAGACGAGGGCUGGUGGACCGGCAUGAUACAGGACCGGGUCGGCAUCUUCCCAUCUAAUUAUGUGAGCAACGGGAAUGUUAUACCGGAGGAGAUCCGGGACACCUCGGAGCAGCAGUACUCAGUGCCUCCUCUGCACCUCCUGGAGAUUGAUUUCUCCGAGCUGACCCUGGAGGAAAUCAUCGGCGUGGGCGGUUUUGGGAAAGUCUACCGUGCAGUGUGGCGAGGCUCAGAGGUGGCAGUGAAGGCGGCGCGGCGGGACCCCGACGAGGACGCAGAGCAGACUCUGGAGAGCGUGCGUCAGGAGGCCAAACUGUUCGCCAUGCUCAACCAUCCCAACAUCAUGGGUCUGCUGGGGACGUGUCUGCAGGAGCCCAACCUGUGUCUGGUGAUGGAGUACGCCCGGGGCGGCCCUCUCAACCGGGCUCUCGCUGGGAAACGCAUCCCUCCGUGCACGCUGGUGGACUGGGCGGUGCAGAUCGCCCGGGGCAUCCUCUACCUCCACAGCCAGGCCAUCGUCCCCAUCAUUCACCGGGACCUCAAGUCCAGCAACAUCCUGAUCUUAGAGAGGGUUGAGAUGGAAGACCUCAGCAACAAGACUCUGAAGAUCACAGACUUCGGGCUGGCUCGAGAGUGGCACCGCACCACCAAGAUGAGCGCCGCCGGCACCUACGCCUGGAUGGCGCCCGAAGUCAUCCGCUCGUCCACGUUCUCCAAGGGUAGCGACGUGUGGAGUUAUGGCGUGCUGCUGUGGGAGCUGCUGACUGGAGAAGUUCCCUUUCGGGGUAUCGAUGGUCUCGCCGUGGCGUACGGGGUGGCGAUGAACAAGCUGGCUUUACCGAUUCCCUUGACUUGCCCUGAGCCCUUUGCACGUCUCAUGGAAGAGUGCUGGAGCUCGGACCCUCACUCCCGACCGCACUUCACAAUUAUUCUGGACCAGCUGACGGCCAUCGAGGAGUCUGGCUUUUUUGAGAUGCCAGCAGAGUCUUUCCACUCUCUGCAGGAUGACUGGAAACUGGAGAUCCAGGAAAUGUUUGAUCAACUGAGGACCAAGGAGAAGGAGCUGCGAUCGUGGGAGGAGGAGCUGACCCAAGCCGCUCUGCAGCAGAAAUGCCAGGAGGAGGCUCUGAGGAGGCGCGAGCAGGAACUGGCCGAGCGGGAGAUCCACAUCCUGGAGCGAGAGCUCAACAUCAUCAUCCACCAGCUCUACCAGGAGAAGCCUCACGUGGAGAGCAGGCAGGGCAAGUUCCGCCGCAACCGCCUUAAACUCAAGGAUGGGAACAGGAUCAGCUUGCCUUCAGAUUUUCAGCAUAAAAUCACAGUGCAGGCGUCUCCCUCUCAUGAUCGGAGGAGGAGUUUGCUCAGCAGCAGCUCCAGUCCUCCGAGCAGUCCACCGAUGCUGCCCCGCCUCCGAGCCAUCCAACUCACCCCACGGGAGGGAUACACAGCCUGGGGUCGCGGCACAGGUUUACAGCAGGACGAAGAGGAGAGUGAGGAGAGGAAGGGCUCCAGGAAAAAGGGCAGAUCCCGCGGGUGUGGUCCAUACAGGGAACACAGCGCUGACGCCAGUGUGAAGCCUCCUCAUGAAGGCAGCAGGCAGCGGUCCUGCAGCGCCCCAAACCUUCGCAGAUCCCCGAGACACAGUCCAGCAGUACCUGGAGUCCCGAGCCUUGUGGAGAUGGAAAACGAAGACUGCUGCUUCACUACUGAUCCAGGAGCAGCCUCUGGUCAGUCCUACCUCUGCAUCCCCUUCCAGAAGGAGGGCCACACGGCUGCUGCUGCUGCUGAGGGUGAUGGAGAUGAGUACUGCCCCAGCGUCCAGGUUCCAGGGACACCGCCGUGCAGGAAGAGCCCCGGUGGGGGGCGGCGGUCUGAGUUGGUCCUGCUGGGCUGCGGAGCUCUGCUAGCAGCUGUCGGAAUGGGCUGCAACUUGCUGACUCUGGCCCAGCCGGAGGAGAACAUCAAGUCACGAUGGGACGGUUUCUUCCAUAGAACGGGGGGGCAGAGGCGAAGCACCAGCCCCCCGACUCGCAGACUGUUCCGGCGGGAGAGCCCGCUGAAACCUUCGGCGCCCUCGCUGCCCGAGAAAGGCUUGCCCCCCUCUUACACGCUGCUGUCCUUAUCGUCGGUGUCUGACUGCAACUCCACCCGCUCCCUGCUGCGCUCCGACAGCGAGGAGCUGUUGGUCUGCCGCCCUGUCUCGCCGCGCAAACAUAUUCCGGCCUGCCAAACCCCGAUCAACCCGCUGGUCAACACACACAUUGAGAGCUUCAAGCGUAACCCCCGCCAGUCCCUCACACCCACGCAUGUACCAUCUGCCCCAAUUUCCUCACGUAGCCUGCGGCGAACUCCAUCAGACGGAGCCAUCAAGAAGAGCUGUCCUAAUAAUCUGGAACCACUGAUAGAAAAAACAGCACUAGAGAACGCAGGUGGCUUCAGAGGUUUAAAAGAAGACCGACCCGAGGUCCCCCGGCUCCCCGAUCCCAAUCUCGUGUUUCCCCCAACUCCUCGUCGCCGCUGUGCUCCCGAACGCCCCAAAACCCUCGACUUUGUAGCUCGGCCUCGGCCGUCGCCACGGGCGCGCUGCGAUGUGUUUUGGGCGGAGGGGAAGCCCAGGGGAAACGGACAAAACCUGGGCAACGGCGAGUCCCCCGCCCACACGUCCAGCACAGAGACUCCUCCGACCGUAGAGUUCGGUAGGGACCCGGCGGUGCUGCCCACCCCCAUGGAGGCCCCGACGCCCUACUCCCCCCGCCGCAAGAAGGAAAACCUGCUGGAUCGGCUGGAUGAGGGACAGUGCCGGGAUGGAACCGUCCCGCUCUGCAGACCGGAGAUCAGCUUUCCCAAAGACUCACCGUACCGCUACAGACCUGGAUUCUGGUCCUAACUCAGCGGUCCAACACCAUGAGGGGGACUGUCCCUGCUGUUAGCCUUUGGACUCUUACAGGUCAACUAGUGCUGACAGAAUGAAUCUGCUCUAGCUUUAAUCAGUACUGAACGGGGGCCGCUCACCUUUCCCUCUCAACAAUAUUGUCACUAAAUUACAGGAUGACAUUUACUGUGAAUAUCCUCAAAUUUGGCGUCUAAAACUACGAAAACAAACCAUAGACUGUCUAUAUAGAUGGACGACGCGUCUCCACUUCCUCCCACUGUACAAAAGUGAAGCCAAAAUAUGAACCAAAUAAUAUGAGUGCUGCCAUCUUGAGAUUUUUACAUCAUUUUAAGCCAGAGUUUGCGCAGUAGUGAUCGGGGGGGUUGGAGCCGCGGUAUCGAGGUCCCGCCCACACACCCGCCCGAGCCAAUCACGAGCCAAGGACGGCCGCAGCUUGAGUGAGCCACCUAGCUGCUACGUUAGCACCAUGGUAGCUGUUAGCUAGAAGGACACAACAACUAACCAUAAUAUCUCUAUAACUACAUUUAUGAUCAAACUGACACACGUUCUAUUACACAGACUCAUGACGGUUAUGGAAAAUGAAAGUUACAUCUCCUCCCUCGUACAAUUCCCGCGCCUCCGGCUGUGACUGCUUCACUCAGAGCAGCUGUCAAUCACAGCUGUCAAUCAUGACGUCUCACCCCCUUUUUAUAGCAUCAAAUAACUAAUUAAAACCAGGGC